GCGAGUCACGCGACCGGCACAUACGUGAAUACCACAGUUGCGCGCUUGCAUUCUCAGCGGUAAAAGCGAAGGUUAUACGCGCGCGCGCGCGCGCGUCUGUGUGUGUGCGUGUGUGUGUAUCGUGUUUUCCAUAAAAAAUCUCUUCGUGUAGCGUUGUUUCUUGUUUUUAGUCAAAUGCAGGGAGAGAUAAAAGAAGAGGAAAGAAGAGAGAUAGAAUGAGAAGGAGAGAUGUAUAAAGUAGUGAAAGAGCGAAAGAGAUAGGGCGGUUGACGAAGAAAGCGAGACAAGAAAAGAGAGAGAGAUUGAGUGAGUAAGAGAGAAAGAGAAAGAGAGACGAACUGUAUCGGACGGUGACGAACAGUAAAGAGUGCAACGAGGACACGGCAAUCAGUCGCGCUUUCGCGAGAGGCGAGGCUAAGUGUAACGUUGUUUUCGAUGCAGCAGGAGAAGAAAGUAAAGUGAUGUGUUAAAUGUGUAUUAAGUGUAUAUGAGUGCCACCUGAAUACGGAGAUUAAGAGGACCAGCGUUCUAGGAGGAUUUUACGUCACAUAUUUUGUUACGGAUACUUCGAAGCAGCAACGCAACAAUUUCAACUAUGAAGUUGCAGCAAACAUUUAUACAUGUCAAGAUACGAUGGAAACUAUGAUUACCUUACCACAAUCUUAAAUCAUUUGAUUAAAUCAUUUGAUAAAUUUAAUGUUAUAAUUUCAAACUGUUAAUUUUUCGUUUCGAGAAUUUUUCACUGAUCAAUAUAUUGAUCCAAACUUUUAGUAUCUCUUUAAAUUUUUAACUGGGAACAUUAAGCUUCCGGGGAAACUGGGCGAAUUAAGCUUUGCGAGGUAUUUAUCGAGAAGCAUUUCUCGUCAAUAAGAAGCGCCGAAAAGAUAAAGUAACCGAAGAGACCUAGAACUAUGCGACAAUAGGAAGACGUGGCCACUGCGUUGGAAACAAGAACAAACGAAAGCGGCUAAAAACGCUAGAUAAGUAGCUGUCGGUGGCCAGUUCAGGAAGUGGCAACAUAACUUUACGAUACAAUGAUAGAUCGGAAGUUGUUAUCACAGAGGGUGUCGUCCUGGCAGCCCCAACCAGGCUAAGAGAAACGGUAGAUCCAUCAAUUACGACAAUAGCGACGACGAUAACAACGACAACGUCCAGUAUGGAUACUAAUGGCGAUUCGAAUAUGGACACCGCUAACGGUGGUUCCACCGUCACUGGCGUUAAUGCGAUGGCAUCUGUCGUUGCCAGUGCCGCAUCCUUGACACUGGUCAAGGUUGAGAGGCCGGAUCAUCUGGCAGGGACAUCAACGUCGCCGGCGACGGUAGCCACAGUAUCCACUGGAUCGAUCAGCACCGGAAGUGGCAUUUUUGCCACCAUUGCCAACAAUAAUAAAACAACUAGAUCGGAUGAUUGGCUGGCGACAAAUAGUCCCGGAUCGCCGUCAAAUUCUCUGCAAAAUCAACACGUAGUCUACACACAACAACAAUUGUCGGAGCAACAACAACCUCCCAUAGCGCACUCCAGUCCACUCGCACAUCAGCAACAGCAAGUCAGCAAUAAUGGAUACGCGAGUCCCAUGAGCACUAGUAGUUACGAUCCGUACAGUCCCAACGGUAAAAUAGGUAGGGACGAAUUGUCUCAGCCGAGUUCGUUAAAUGGCUAUGGGAGUAAUUCCGGAGGUGGCGGGAACGGCGGCGGCAACGGCAACGGUAACUGCAAUAGCAACAACAAUGGCAGCAGCAACGGUGGCGGCAAUGGCAGCAGCGGCAGCGGUGGUAAUGGUAACGCCGGUGGUGGUGGUGGAAGUAGCAAUAGUGAAGGAUGCGACGCGAAGAAAAAAAAAGGACCUACACCGCGUCAACAAGAAGAACUGUGUCUCGUGUGCGGCGAUCGUGCAUCCGGUUAUCAUUACAACGCCCUCACUUGCGAGGGCUGCAAAGGCUUCUUCAGACGUAGCAUAACAAGAAACGCCGUAUACCAGUGCAAGUAUGGUAACAACUGCGAAAUCGACAUGUACAUGCGUCGCAAAUGCCAGGAAUGUAGGCUGAAGAAGUGCCUGACGGUCGGCAUGAGGCCGGAAUGCGUUGUGCCCGAGUACCAAUGCGCGGUAAAGAGAAAGGAAAAGAAAGCACAAAAGGAAAAAGAUAAGCCGAACAGUACAACAAUGAACGGUUCACCAGGUAGUGCCGGGAUAGGUGAUCAAAUGAGUGUUAAAAUCGAGCCAGCGGAAGCUGAAUCAUUAUCUAGGUCUGGAAGUAGUGGCAUUCUCACUCCCGUUAGUCCUUAUGCUUGUGUGAAACCGCCGACGCCUACGCCUAUCAGUCCAGAACAGGACGAAUUGAUAAACAGGCUGGUAUCUUUCCAAUGCGAGUUCGAGCAACCAAGUGAGGACGACUUAAAAAGGAUCACAAAUCAACCAAUGGAAGGCGAGGAUCCGAGUGACUAUAGUUUCAGGCACAUCACCGAAAUCACGAUCCUGACCGUUCAACUGAUCGUUGAGUUUUCAAAGAGGCUACCCGGCUUCAACGAGUUGAUGCGCGAGGAUCAGAUCACUUUGUUGAAGGCAUGCUCCAGCGAAGUUAUGAUGCUGCGGAUGGCAAGAAAAUACGACGUGCAAACCGACAGCAUUAUUUUCGCUAACAACCAACCAUAUACACGCGACAGCUAUAACGUUGCCGGGAUGGGUGAGACCAUCGAAGAUCUUUUACGAUUCUGCCGGCAAAUGUACGCCAUGAGGGUUAACAAUGCUGAGUACGCUUUGCUCACCGCUAUCGUCAUUUUUUCAGAGAGACCCAAUCUGGUGGAAAGUAAAAAAGUAGAGAAACUCCAGGAGAUCUAUUUGAAAACGUUGAAAGCAUAUGUGGAUAAUCGUCGUAGGCCGAAAUCCGGCACGAUCUUUGCGAAGCUUCUUUCGGUUCUAACGGAACUUAGAACCCUCGGCAAUCAAAAUAGUGAGAUGUGCUUGAACCUGAAAUUUAAGAAUAAGAAGCUGCCAGUUUUCCUCGCCGAAAUCUGGGACGUGGUGCCCUAGUUUCCCAGUCGCCGAUCAUCGGCAAUUGCGCCGGUCGGCUGAAGAAGCUCUUCGACGUCGCGAUAGCAGCAGCAGCAACGGCGUCGAUAGACGCAUGGACGUGGAAAACGGCCUGCGCAACUCUUGUACUAGUGCACCACUAUGCCACUGCCUCACCGUCAACAUACUGUAUCAGACUCCGUUUUAGAUUCAUUAUAGUCAUUUGUGUCUCGACGAUCCACCACUUCUAGCGGUUGACACCCUAGAUGGAUCUUUAUACAGUUUGUAAAGACAUAUACAAGCCGGCCCCACACUGUUCGCAUAUGGCACAGCGCGAGAGAGAUGAUUUUUAUUAUACAAAAACACGGAGACAAAAUUGUAUUAGAAAAAAAGAUCGAAGAUUCAUUAAAAGGAUUUAGCGGCGGAUCAAAUGAGGUCCGUUCGAUUACGACAUGUUAACAAGGAUAUACGCGAUCGAAUAUCUGUGAUGAAGAAUCGCGGUACCAAAGAUCUAUAUAGUGUCAUGGACGUACGAAAUGAAAGUCCAAAAGAUGGAGGCUUUGUGUUACCAAAGAUCCAUGACACAUAACACACACAUGUUAUCAAAUUUGUAUGAUCCGUGGAAUUAUCGACUUCGACAAAUCUAUAAAGCCACCUGUUUGUAAAACGUUGUGUCUCCACGCAUUAAUAUUCAUCUAUCGAAAAUUAUUUAAUUGCGACAGUUAUUUGAUCUCAGUGAUGUCACAUGGUGAAAUUUCUCACACACUCGUACCAGUGAGAGGAUUACGGACCUAUAGUAGCAUACGCGCUUUAGCGAGAUAUAUAUAUAUGUGUGUGCGUGCGUGUGCGUACGUGCGUGCGUGCGUGCGUGUGCGCGCGCGCGCGCGCGCGUGUGUGUGUGUGUGAGGUAUCAAGGGAAAAAAAUAGAAGAUAUUGAAAAAAAUAAUAUAAACGUCUGUGCCGAAUGAAAUAAGAGUAUAUGAACAAAAGUAACGGAAUACGUGUGCUUGAAAAAUCCCAUCAUUUGACAUCGGUGAUUUAUCUUGGUCCACGAAUAAUUACCGAUACGCCCCUUUCAUUUAUAAAGUUGCGAAUAUUCGAUCGCUCGCGUGAACAGUCUCAUGCGAACCGUGUGAGACCGGCUCAAGAACAAGAACGAAAAGAGGGAAGAGAAACUCUGCAUGAUUUGGAAAAGACGCGACAAUACGCGCGUAAUUCAAAUGAGGGUAGAGGAAAAAUGGUAAAUAUGAAUAAACAAUUAUAUAUUGUUGUAAGAGAAAGGCAGUGGCGCGGCCCAGGCUGUGAUACAUAGAGAACAGUACAGAGAACGAAAAGCUAUAUAAAGAAAGCUAUCUGCAAUUUACAUUUUAUCGCUAUGUCCCCUACCCGGAUACAUCCUUACACAUACAAUCGAUAUGUAAAUGUAAUGUAUUAUAUGAUAAAAUAUUGAUAUAUCGGACACGUCACAUAUGUCAUUCGUGAAAAAAAAAA